AAAGUUUCUGGGGAAAAAAAAAUUUAGGAAAAAUUGGACUACCCAAUUCAAUGACUGAUUGACUGCGUUAGAAGCCAACCACAAGACCCCAAAAAGUAGCUACAGCACUACUAAGACAGCCAAGGAAGAGUACCCACCACUUCACCUUCCAAACUACUCCCUAAGCAACCCGUCUAAGCCCAGCUCUCUGCCUCGUAGACUCCAUGUAGUUUUCACUUUCCAACUUUGACAUAGACUGACUUCAUUACGUCUACAUUCCUCUUUCUUAAGAUCCUCAUAUUCCUUGAAGCUCAGCAGAUUUGUGGUGCAAUGGAACAAGCACAGUAUCGAGUGUGGGCGAAGAGGAAGCAUGGUUUGAAUUCUCAUGAUAUUCAGGCUCCGACGACGAACCCUUUAUACAAUAAUUCAUGGGAAGAACAAGCUUUCGCGGAAGACGCGGCUGGUCCUCUAGGAGGGUGCAUAUGGCCUCCACGCUCUUAUUCUUGCAGCUUUUGUAGAAGGGAAUUCCGGUCGGCACAAGCUUUAGGGGGUCAUAUGAAUGUCCACAGGAGAGAUAGAGCCAGACUAAAGCAGUCUCCAGGUUCCUGCAAUGAAACUCUCCAUCAUAACCGUCAAAAUGAUCAUCAUCACAACCCCAUCCAGAAUAAUUCCUUUACAUCUUUGGGCUUUCAGCACCCAUCUCAUCAGGUUUGUACUUUGGUUUAUAACCCUAACCCUAAUACUUCUGAUCAUCAUCCUGGUAUUGUGGCAUGUCCAUCCUCAUCAUCUCCUAGGGUUUCAUCGGCUCCACCAACUCAAGAAAAUUGUAUCCGUCUUCAUUCUUCUCCUAUUGUGCAAGAACACCAAAAGAGGUCCCCUGUUUCUUCCCCUCCAUUGUGGUCAAACAAAUACUAUUGUAUUUCUGAUCUGAAAACGGAAGAAGAGAAGAAUUCAAGAGUUCUAGAAUCAAGGUAUGGGGCAAAGGGGGAUUAUGUCACAAAUGAUUUGUCUGUGAGCUUGAAUUUGGUUGUCUGCCGAAGUCAUCAGACUGUUUCAGGUGGUGGUAAGGAGGAGAGUACAGCCAGUUGCAAGAGAAGGAGAAGUGAUGCAUCCCCGUUACCUUUCUUCCUAAAGGCAAGAUCAGUUGAUAGCCAACAUCUCCAAUCAAAGGUACUUGAAAUAAGCCCUAACUCUAUAGAGGACUUAGAUCUUGAGCUCAGGCUUGGCGAUCGACCUAAAAGGUAUGACUGUUGAACCUGAUCAGUGCUAAAAUGAACGAACUUCUGUUGUUUGAUUUCCCCACCUUUUGCUUUUUCCGUUUUCCCUUUGAUCUAGAGGUCAAGGCCUCUUUGCUUGGAGUUUGACCAACCGACUUUCUUGAGAUUUCAUGAAUUUGCAGGGUGUAACAAUAACACGAUGUAUAUCACAUAAAGCAUGAAAACUUCAUCAAAAGAAGGAUGAUAACAAUACAAAUAUAUAUAUAUAUAUGUCAGCUUGUUCUUAAUCAUACUAAUUAAUGAUAACUUCGUGUUUGUUUUUUUAGUCGAUCAUUACAAAAUGGUGUUUUGGAAAGUCUAAACUAGAGAUCGAUAUGAUUUCUUCCGUCCAA